AUGGAUGGUUUCUGACUGCCGCAUGUCAUUUGAUCCCAUCUGUGCCCAACCACAGAACCUUAAGGCGAUGCGAGGCUUCUGGCCCUUUAAAAGCUGAGUCCCGCAGCUCUGAAGGAGCUCCAUAUGGCUUCCCCGCUUCGUUUGUGAGCAGCCGGGGCCGUCAUGUUGGAGGGAGGAGCUCGCCUCAAACGCACCAGAUAAAGCCCGUAUAGCGUCUCAGCGUGGAGGCGCACACUUUAGUACAUGUCACCGACAGCUUCAGGCUCAGCCGAGCCGAAAGAGGAGCGCGGGGAGGCGGGUAACGCUGAAACGGCUGCCCUCGCCAGUGCACGCUCGCCGUUGUUCCAGCAGCUGAGUGAACUGUAGCCUCCAGAUCCAGUUGCUGCUGUUGCCUGCGUCUUCGCAGAAACGCUCUGGCUCCCGUGUUUUAUGGGAAUAAAAUCCGCGAAGCUGGAGCGCAUGCGGGGGUGAAUGAGCGGAGAUCACGACGCCUCGAGAUGACAAAGCCAGGCGGGCGGGGAGGAGAGGAAGAAGAAGACGGAGCGGGACCCUCUGGCUCGUCCGCCGGGUACCGCAAGGCGGAUGACGAGAUGUCCGGGACCACUUCCCAGGCGGACCCCGUAGACGCGACUGCGCGGACUGUGAUCCUCAACCGGACCCAAAGCACCAAGUUCUGCGACAACCACGUGAGUACCACCAAAUAUGGGAUUCUCACAUUUCUGCCCCGGUUCCUCUAUGAGCAGAUCAGACGGGCGGCCAACGCCUUCUUCCUGUUCAUCGCACUUAUGCAGCAAAUCCCCGAUGUAUCACCGACCGGUCGCUACACCACUCUGGUGCCGCUCAUCUUUAUUCUCACUGUGGCGGGAAUUAAAGAAAUCAUAGAGGAUUAUAAAAGACACAAAGCCGAUAACACGGUGAAUAAGAAGAAGACGACAGUGCUGCGGAACGGAGCUUGGCAGACGAUCAUCUGGAAGCAGGUGGCAGUAGGGGACAUAGUGAAGGUGACCAAUGGCCAGCAUCUUCCAGCUGACAUGGUUAUAGUGUCCUCCAGCGAGCCACAAGCCAUGUGCUACAUUGAGACCUCAAACCUGGACGGAGAAACCAACCUGAAGAUCAGACAGGGUCUUCCCCUGACAGCCGGUUUUCAGACCCUGGAUGACUUGAUGGCGUUGUCGGGUCAUUUGGAGUGCGAAGGCCCCAACAGACACCUGUAUGACUUCACCGGCACGCUGCGCCUGGUGAACCAGAAUCCAGCUCCUCUGGGUCCAGACCAGGUGCUGCUGCGUGGAGCCCAGCUCAGGAAUACACAGUGGGUUGUGGGAAUCGUCGUCUACACUGGCCAUGAUUCUAAACUAAUGCAGAACUCCACCAAGGCGCCGUUGAAGCGCUCGAACGUGGAGCGGGUGACCAACAUGCAGAUCCUGGUCCUGUUCGGCAUCCUGCUGGUCAUGGCGCUGGUCAGCUCGGUGGGUGCCGCCAUCUGGAAUAGGGAACACACAGACGAGGCCUGCUGGUAUCUGUCGCGGGCCGGUGACAUCUCUCUUAACUUUGCAUACAACCUGCUGACGUUCAUCAUCCUCUACAACAACCUGAUCCCCAUCAGCCUGCUAGUUACCCUGGAGGUGGUGAAGUUCACACAAGCCCUCUUCAUCAACUGGGACGUUGAGAUGUACUACUCGGAGACGGACACGCCGGCCAUGGCGCGAACGUCCAAUCUCAAUGAAGAACUGGGCCAGGUGAAAUACCUCUUUUCUGACAAGACGGGAACGCUCACGUGUAACAUCAUGCACUUUAAGAAGUGUACCAUUGCAGGAAUCACAUAUGGCCACUUCCCUGAUCUUGACUGUGAUCGUUCAAUGGAGGACUUCAGCAACCUGCCGUCCAACAGCCAUAACUCCACAGAGUUUGACGACCCGAGUCUCAUUCAAAACAUUGAAAAGAAUCAUCCAACAUCACCUCAGAUCUGUGAGUUCCUGACCAUGAUGGCGGUGUGCCACACUGUCGUACCGGAGAGGGAGGAUGACCAGAUAAUUUUCCAGGCCUCAUCGCCGGACGAAGGAGCGCUGGUCAAAGCUGCCAAAGGACUCGGCUUCGUCUUCACAGCCAGGACCCCUCAUUCGGUCAUCAUCGAUGCUAGAGGAAAGGAAAUGACCUAUGAACUUCUGAACGUACUGGAGUUCUCCAGUAAUCGCAAACGCAUGUCCGUGGUGGUGAGGACGCCCACUGGGAAGCUGCGCCUUUACUGCAAAGGAGCUGAUAAUGUCAUCUUUGAACGACUAACCGAAGCAUCUCAGUAUAAAGAUCUAACCGUCGCUCAUCUGGAGCAGUUUGCUACUGAAGGUCUGAGGACGCUCUGUUUUGCCUAUGUGGACCUGGAGGAAGGCGCCUAUGAGGAGUGGUUGAAAGAAUACAAUCGUGUCAGCACUGAACUUAAAGACCGCACUCAGAAACUAGAGGAGUGUUACGAACUACUGGAAAAGAACCUAAUGCUGCUUGGAGCCACAGCCAUAGAGGAUCGCCUCCAGGCCGGCGUCCCAGACACGAUCGCCACGUUGAUGAGGGCCGGGAUCAAGAUCUGGGUGCUCACAGGAGACAAGCAAGAGACGGCCAUUAAUAUAGGUUACUCCUGUCGCCUGGUGACACACGGCAUGUCCCUCAUCAUUGUCAACGAGGACUCUCUUGAUGCCACUCGUGCCACCCUCACCACCCACUGUUCCUCCCUCGGCGACUCUCUGAGAAAAGAAAAUGAACUUGCACUGAUCAUCGAUGGCCAAACUCUCAAAUACGCUCUGUCCUUCGAGCUCCGCCAGGCCUUCCUCGACUUGGCGCUGUCCUGCAAAGCUGUAAUCUGUUGCCGAGUGUCGCCGCUGCAGAAGUCUGAGAUUGUGGACAUGGUGAAAAAGCACGUGAAAGCCAUCACUCUGGCGAUAGGUGACGGAGCGAACGAUGUGGGCAUGAUUCAGACGGCUCAUGUUGGGGUGGGAAUCAGCGGUAACGAGGGCAUGCAGGCCACCAACUCCUCAGACUACUCUAUCGCACAGUUCUCCUAUCUGGAGAAACUCCUUUUGGUCCACGGGGCGUGGAGCUACAACCGCGUCACCAAGUGCAUCCUCUACUGUUUCUAUAAGAAUGUGGUCCUCUACAUUAUCGAGCUCUGGUUUGCGUUUGUGAACGGCUUCUCCGGUCAGAUCCUUUUCGAGCGCUGGUGCAUAGGCCUCUACAACGUGAUAUUCACCGCGCUGCCCCCGUUCACUUUGGGUAUCUUUGAUCGACCGUGCAGCCAGCAGAACAUGCUCCGCUUCCCACAGCUCUACAGGAUAACCCAGAAUGCCGAGGGCUUCAACACCAAGGUAUUUUGGGGACACUGUAUCAAUGCACUGAUUCAUUCAAUUAUCCUCUUUUGGUUUCCACUCAAAAUGUUAGAGCACGAUUCCCCAUUUAGUAACGGCCAGGGAAACGACUACCUGUUUGCAGGAAACAUGGUCUACACGUAUGUGGUUGUUACAGUUUGUCUAAAAGCUGGCAUGGAGACCACCGCUUGGACCAGGUUUUCCCACCUGGCCGUUUGGGGAAGCAUGGCGCUCUGGAUGGUCUUCUUUGCCGUGUACUCUGUAUUCUGGCCCGCCAUCCCGAUCGCUCCCGACAUGCUGGGCCAGGCUGGUAAAGUGAUGCAGUGCUGGUACUUCUGGCUGGGUCUGGUCCUGGUGCCCACCGCAUGUUUACUCAAAGAUUUUGCUUGGUCUGCGACACGUCGCACUGUGAGGAAGACUCUGCUGGAGGAGGUGCAGGAGCUGGAGGCGCGGGCCGUUGACCCGGGAGCCGCGGUGCUCAGGGACUCCAGCGGCCGCAGUCUAAACGAACGAGCCCAUCUGCUGACAAGAGUAUUUAGGAAAACGCCUUCAAGUGUCGGACGCUCCAACUCGGUGCAGCAGACGGUGUCACAUGGCUAUGCUUUCUCUCAGGAAGAGCACGGCGUGGUGUCCCAGUCCCAGGUAGUUCGGUCCUACGACACCACCCGCCAGCGCCCCAGCCUCUAGCCGCCUCCGCCAGCCCCAAAUGAGGCGUUGGCUCAACGUAGCAAUCGUUGUCAUAACGACAGCCAGAUGAACUUCAGAGCCACACUCUGACCGGCCUCUGCCGUGGCCUUACCGAGACAGUGACAUGACCUCCCCGUCAUUGGGGAUGGGAGGGUCACGGUCGGGUGGGGAGGGGCUGUGUCUGGUGUUCGGCGGACGGGACGAGGCUAAUUACUGAACAAACUCCUAAAAAAGCUGCACAGGCAUGAGCAAACCAUAUCCCAGACAUGCCGAGUCGAACUCAGAGACUUGUACCUGUAUACACCUCAGAUCGCUUCACGCCGCUGUGCGUCGACGUGUGUGUGUGUGUGGGCGUGCGUGCGUGUGUGUGCCUGUUUCAGUUCGUUUUUGCCUCUGCCUGUGCAUUUUCGUCUGCACACCGUGGCGCUGUGCGUGUGUGCAUGUGUUGUCUACGUGUGUCGCUUCCACGGUUACCGCUCAUCUCCAGCAAGGAAGAUUCUGCACACCUGUCGUCACGCAACGAAGCGGAGACAGAUGUCAAAAUGAUGGAGUGCGGGCUAAAUUCCUCAAAAAGGACAGAAGGGAGCUCUGCACCACAGCUACACACCCAGUUUUGGCUCCAUGGCAGCACCAAGCUUCACUGCCAAACACCACAGAGGUGGAGCUGAGGCAGAACGCUCCACCUUAAACUUGGACCACCACCUUGCUACAACACCCCUCUGAGACCUCCUCUUGUUUAUUUCUUCCUCGCUCUUAUCUCUGCAUCUCAUUGCAUUUCUGCAGCUGCCAAGUUCAUUUUCCUCUGGACAGUUUUUAGGUCUGUUUACACUCGUCUAACGCCAUCAGCUGAUGUAGAAGCAGCAUGCCCGUUUUUAAUUCUUCCCCUUCCAGUUCUGUUGGGAUAUCUGCUCUUAACUAAACUUUUUUUUUUUUAUUAAAGUGGACAUUCUUGUGUAUGCAUUUAUAUUUUUUUUUCCUUUUUGACUUAUGUUUUUGUACUCAUAAGUGGGGGAAGACCCGUUAAUACCCGCAGGAAUAUUUUACUUGAACUACUAACAGGCGUCCAAAAAUGGCGAAGGGAUUAGAUUGAGGACGCUUGCAUGAAUCAUGUGUUUCUCUGCGCUGUCUGAAUGUCCAUUGUCUGUGUGCUCUGUGUUGAGGACACUGCUUUAGGAAUGCGAGAUUGAAGGCUUUGUAUGGGUGGGUUGUGAGGAGCGGGUGGGGGGGGGGGAAUGUCCAUCCAAGUCCUAAUCAUUAAAUCUAAUCAAUCCAUGGCCCGA